UGAAGAAAGGGAUGAUGUACAGCUUCACGAGCCAAUGGCGGGGCAGACACGAUUUGUUUUGUAACUGACUGAUCCCAGUGUGUUGUUGGCACGGCGAGAUGAGGUUCCUUGUGAAUGGCAGCCCUGCGUGGGCACGGCAGAGUGCAGUUCUGAAGCUGCUUUUCACACGGGCCAAGUUGAGCUUCUCUACACAGACAAGCGUGGAAUGCAUUGCUCCAUUAUUCCAGACAGUAGCGGAAACGGUCCAUCCGGUACCGGCCAAAAUCACCGGGACCAUCCCUACGUGGGUCAAUGGCAGCUUAUUGCGCAAUGGACCAGGCAGAUUUGAAUUUGGAAAUGACAAGUACCGUCAUUGGUUUGAUGGCAUGGCUUUAAUGCACAAUUUCAAGAUUGAGAAUGGCUCAGUCACCUACAUGAGCAAGUUCCUUCAGAGUGACUCGUAUACGACGAACAAGAGUGAAAACCGCAUUGUAAUCUCCGAGUUCGGCACCCUGGCCAUGCCAGACCCCUGCAAGUCUGUGUUUGAACGUUUCAUGUCCAAAUUUAAACUAACCUCUACUGACAAUUGCAGCGUUAAUUAUGUGCAGUAUAAAGGUGAUUAUUAUGUCAGCACUGAGACUAAUUUUAUUCGAAGAGUAGAUCCAAAAGAUUUGGAAACUUUGGAGAAGGUCGACUGGAGCCAGUUUAUAGCUGUAAAUGGGGCUACAGCUCAUCCUCAUUAUGACCCAGAUGGGACAGCAUACAACAUGGGGAAUUCUUAUGGAAAAAGUGGGACACGGUACAACAUCAUAAGAGUCCCUGCACAAAAGUCAAACUCUGCAGAGACCCUAGAAGGAGCCCAGGUUGUGUGCUCAAUAGAGCCAGAGGACAAGAUGAAACCUUCUUACUACCACAGUUUUGCAAUGACAGAAAACUAUGUGGUGUUUCUGGAGCUGCCACUGAAGCUGAACAUCAUGAAGAUUCUGACCAGCCAAAUCAAAGGAAAGGCAUUUUCAGAUAGCAUGAGCUGGGAGCCACAGCUGAACACAAUGUUCCACGUGGUGAAUAAACACACAGGGGAGAGACAUAGUGUGACUUUCUACACUGAGCCAUUUAUGAACUUUCAUCAGAUCAAUGCUUAUGAGGAUCAGGGCUGCAUUGUGCUUGAUCUUUGUGGUCAGGAUGAUGGAACCGCUGUGAAAUUAUUCGAGUUACAAAACCUCAGGAAAUCAGGACAAGCUUUGGAUGAGCUCUACAAACAGGUUUCCAAGGCAUACCCACGCAGAUUUGUCCUACCUCUUGGCACUGAUUCUAUGAAAGAAGAUGUAGACUUAAAUCCUUUAAAAUACACAAGUGCCACAGCAGUAAAACAAGCUGAUGGAAAGGUAUGGUGUACCCAUGAGAGCCUCCAUGACCACACACUGGAUAUAUGUGGCCUAGAAUUUCCACAAAUAAAUUACUCAAAGUACAACACCAAGAAAUACAGAUUUAUAUAUGGAUGUGGAUUCCAGCAUCUUGUUGGGGAUUCAUUAAUAAAACUUGAUGUAGAGACUAAAAAGGCUAAGGUUUGGAAGGAAAAAGGCUUUUACCCAUCAGAACCCAUCUUUGUUCCAUAUCCAGAAUCCACUGAGGAAGAUGAUGGUGUACUUCUCUCUGCAGUUCUUACACCUCAUCAGGAUAAGAACAUAUUUCUCCUUAUCUUGGAUGCCAAAGAAUUCACUGAGAUUGGUCGAGCUGAAGUGCCUGUGCAGAUACCGUAUGGAUUUCAUGGAAUCUUUGUGCCUCAAAGGUCCUAGAAAAUGAUUGCCUACUGCUUUUUUAUACGAGCAACAUCUACUAAUGACUCUUCAUAAUUACAUACUCAACAUAAACUGUGACUCAUUAGGAUCUAAUAUUUUAUUAUCUACCUCUGUUACUAGAUUUUACAAUCGUGUUUGCAAUUUGUUUGCUAUAUCAAUACAAUACCUUAAGAAGCAAACUAAA